AUGGCGGUCCCCGAGCAGAUUCCAGGGCAGGAAUAUGACUACGAAGCCCUUCCCUCAAACUAUGGCCUCGGCCGGAACAUGUUGGCUGGUGCCUUUGCAGGGAUAAUGGAACACGCUGUCAUGUACCCGGUAGACUUAUUGAAGACGCGCAUGCAAGUUUUACAUCCUACAACCGGAGGUCUCUACACAGGCCUGACCAAUGCGGUCUCCACAAUUUAUCGGAUCGAGGGGUGGCGGACGUUAUGGAAGGGAGUCUCGAGUGUGAUUGUCGGUGCUGGUCCGGCGCAUGCCGUGUACUUUGGUACUUAUGAGGUUGUCAAGGAGAUGGCCGGUGGAAAUGUCGACGAGGGCCACCAUCCGCUUGCUGCCGCCGCUAGUGGAGCGGCGGCCACCAUUGCCAGCGAUGCUCUGAUGAACCCAUUCGAUGUCAUCAAGCAACGGAUGCAAGUACAUGGCUCCGUACAUAAGAGCCUUUUACAAUGCGCCACGUCCGUGUACCGCACCGAGGGUCUGCAUGCAUUCUACGUCUCAUACCCCACUACACUCUGCAUGACGGUGCCUUUCACGGCUACUCAAUUCGUGGCGUACGAGUCAAUCUCGAAAGUGAUGAACCCGUCCCAGGAAUAUGACCCAUUCACCCACUGCAUCGCUGGUGGUCUCGCUGGUGCCUUCGCUGCAGGUCUUACUACUCCUUUGGACGUUGUGAAGACGCUUCUUCAGACACGUGGGUUGGCGCAGAAUGAGGAGAUUCGAUCGGCAAAGGGCCUUUUCAAUGCGGCGGCCAUCAUCAAGCGCCAGUUUGGCUGGAGAGGCUUCCUACGUGGUGCUCGUCCCCGCAUCAUCUCCACGAUGCCCAGCACCGCUAUUUGCUGGACCUCGUACGAGAUGGCCAAGGCCUACUUCAAACGCCAGGAGUGA